CGGCCGCUCGGUGCGGGCACGUCGUCGGCGUCGGCGUCGUAUGGCCCUUUUUCGGCGGCGCGAUCGCGGUUUUCGCUGCGCGGGCGCGCGUGUGUGAGAGCGUUUUUGCGUUUGUGCUUUACCGUCAUCUAAUACUACUGCGGCAACCGCUCACCGGAUCGAACGUGUCCACUGCUGCCUGCCACUGCUGCCGCGUUCGCUGUACCUCUGCGGUGUCGUUCGUUCUCUCGACCGUACCCCCCACAAACCGCGUAUCAGCCGUCGCCGACCGUUUUUUUUUUUUUUUAAUUUUUUUAAAUUUUUUCGCUACUCUCGUAAUAUUUUUAUUAUAUUAAUUUUAACAGUAUUACGGUGGUCGUCGAGCCGUCUGCGACAGGACGAUCACCAACCGCGCGGCCGGACGCAACCGUUGACGGGACGCCGCCGCGAAUCGCGGCCCGACCGACGAGCGCGCGAUAGACGAAAGCGCGGCCGGAGACGUAGCAGGCCGCCGCCGUCGCCAAGCCGUACCGCUCAUCGCGGUUGUCAGCCGCCGCCGCCGCGCGUACUACUCUCUCGUCCGUCGUCGACGACGCGGCCGCCGUUCUAUUUUUUUUCCCGUUGUUGUUGUUUUUCGCGCGCUCGAGCUCCACAGCCACGGUAGUCGUUCCCCGCGCAGGGCGCACCGCGUUCGGCGUUUUUAAAAAAAAACACCGUUAUUACACCGUUUUCCCGCGCUAUUCCCGACGCUAAAAUCCACAAAACCAAAACACAAAUUUCGCACGUUAUUUCCGCGAUAAUUUUCUUCGGCCUUCUCUCGCUAGCUUUUUACCUGUCUUCUAUUCCUCCCAACCCUCUGCGAAAGCUAUAACCGCGGUUUUUUUCCCGAGCCAUGAGACAGUGCGCUGCCCGAUCAUCGUGCCACGACGCGAGGCAUUGAUAAAUAAUAAAAUACCGCGAUACUUGAGCUUUUUUGUAGACCAGUAGAUAAGUCCAGUAGCGAACGCCUGCAGAGUACACCGGAGACACGCGCGUGCGGUGGCACUUGGUCAGACUCGGAAAGGAUCUGCAAACGGCCCCAAGACGGAGCACAUACGGAAAGCCAUGGGCUGUGUUCAGUCACUAUUCAAUAACUCUUCAAGGUCGAGGAGUCCGUCGCCGGAAAAUGGAUUUGAAAUGCCGAUGUUCGAGACCAUGCCCGUCGCACGGGAACCGAAAAGAUCUUACAACACCGGAAUAUCAGUGGCGGACGACCGCGUGCACAGCGACUUGGAAGACGACUUCGACGACCGCGACAUGGACGACGACGACUACAUCCCCAACAAGUGCGACGACUUCGACAGUUACGCGAUGCGGGACUUCCAGGAGCCGGUUAAACACCGACACGUUUUGGCCCCCCGCUCGAUGGCCACGCUCAAAAAGAAGGCCAAGUGCAGGUCGGCGGACGCGUCGCCAGCCAACAGGCGGCACCGGUACCGGACGUCGUCUCCGUCGCACUCGGCGUCGUCGUCGCCGCAUCUGGGACAGCGACCGCCACUCAUCGGGUCUGUGUCGCAACCCGUUCUGGAAUCGCGGUACGUCAAGGCAACGGCCGUGAGGAAGCUGGCCUGCGAGACCGGAACUAUAGCGGUGUUGAGCUCCACGGCCGAACCGCUGGCUGAACCGGCAGAUCAGUGCGAGUGGGAGGAAGCGGAACGAAUGCAGGCCCUGCAUUGCAGCAACCACCGGGACGGCUGGGGAGCCACGGGUCCGGCGGCGGAGACGUUCGCCGUCGCCGGCAGAUGGCCGAUGAUGGCCGAAGGGUCCGGCGAGGAGACUGACCUGGACCGGAUACCGGUGGGCGUGAUCGAGGUGUUGGACUGCGAACCGGCCGACCAGUGCCGGCCGACGCCGCCGAAAGCCAAUCUGUUCCCGAAGGCUCAGCGGUCGAGCCGCGAUCAGCACAUCCCGUUGCCGGUCAUACACGCGAUGGAGAUGAAGCCCAACGCUCUGGGCCACGACGAUCGGUUCAAGACCGUGAAGGUACAGCCGCCGUCGUCAGAUAGACACGGAUAUCGGUCGCGCAUGGCGGCCGGAAGCUCGACGUUCGACUCGUCGUACCGGAAACCGUUUGUCCGGCAGUCAAACGACCUAUCCAGACGGGACAAAAAGUCGGCCGAAGACGACGAAUACGAAAUCAUCGCGGGGUGGAUGGCCAAAAUGCCGGUGUUCGAAAAAUGCCCGCCAGCCAAGUCCAAAAGUCUCCCUUCUAAGGACCCAAUAGCACGGAGUACAACUACAGAUGAAGGGAUGGGUGAUAGACAGCAAGGUGUUCUUAGAGGAUCAUCGUUGCCUUAUGAUAACGGCACUGAGGAAAAUUCAUCGAAACCUGACAAACGCGACGAUAAGGAGCAGGUAGCUAUAAUGGUACCGAUCUCUGUGGAACCGACGAAGAUAGUAGUACAAGCGGAUGUACACAACAUAUCUGAUGGAUCUAAGAAAACCGAUAUGAACGAUAAACCAGAAGACAAACCAGAAGAAAACCACAAGAUGGACGUAGUAGUUAAAUCACUCACAGAUAAUGAAUCAGACAUGACUGAAAAACUUAACGCAAUACAUACAGCCGAUAUCACUGAAAAACCGAAUGCAACACAUGCAGCCGACAUGAUUGAAAAACCGAACGCUACACAUACUGCCGAUACCAUUGAAAAACCGAACGUAACACAUACAGCCGACAUGACUGAAAAACCAAACUCAACACAAACGGCCGACAAGAACAAAGAAUCUGAUGAAGACGUCCAAUCAGACGUAAAAGCCAAAAAAGAGCUAGAAAACAUGUUAAUAAAAGAUCAAAAAAAUGAACAACACGUCGAAGAGAUCUGUAAGAACAAGGAAAAUGCCGAUGGAGAUGCCGAAAAGAUUAACUCAGACGAUUCAAAAGACCAGGUACCGGAAUUGGAGACUGAAUAUCGUUUGACGAUGAUACACAGCGUGCGAGAGGCUGUGAACCGGAUAUGUGAACAGGCUGUGGAGAAGACAGCGGCUAUUGUCAGAAACAGAGGCUUCAAGCGUAAUAGCAAUGCCUCCUUAAUAAGCUCGCUAAAAGAUCGUGAAGCUGAAAAUUCAGAGGCAGCCGAUAACGCAAGCAGUGAAUUUUCAUUACCGCCGCCACCGCCGCCGCAACAACAACCUUUGGACACGAGUAUGUUACAGGGAUCAAUAGCUCAAGAAUCGUCAUGGCCACCACCGCCGACUCUUUCUGAAGCGGAAGAGGAGAAGACUAUAGCACCUGCAGGAUUUUCAUUUGACUUACCAGAUCCACCGACAGAAAUGGAUCAGUUGGAUUCAGAGACAGAUAAAUUAGAUAUAUCUGACGAAGAAAUGAGAGCUACUGGAUUACCGUCAGACGAUGAUGAUAAAACCGAUACAGAAGGUGGGGACGGCGGGGCAGAAAACGAUCGUUCCGCGAACAAAGCCGUCAUCAUCGACGCCAUCAUGAAAUCGACAGCCAACGGCGGCGGAUCGUCGUCCGACGGACCUGUUGAGGAGGCGAUCGUCGUGCCACAGGACAACGGGGCUGACGAUCGGGCGGCCACUACCAUACAGGCCGUAUAUCGCGGCUUCCGGGCCCGGAAGUACGUGGAGACAGUGAACGCUGCCGCGGUCAAGAUCCAGGCAGGCUUCCGGGGCUACCGAGUCAGACAGUCGCUGAAGAACGCUGCCCCGUCCGCAGCAGCGACGACCGCGGACGACAGCCAGUGUUGGUCGGACGACGACCAAAAGUCGGUCGUGUCCGUCAUUUACACGCCGCUCAAAGAGUAUGACGAGCCACGUAGCGUCGGCGACGGACGAGGUGGCGGCGACGAUGACGACGACAACGAUCGUGACGUGCCGAGUCCUGCCGGUGUCGGUGGCAGUGACGAUGGAGUUGUCAUCGGCGGCGGUGGAGGUGGAGUGAUUGGUGACGGAGGCAACGAUGACCGUAGCGUGAAGGUCGCGAGCAGUGUUGAUGGUGGUCGUGUUGCCGUCGGCGCAGGUGUUGGCGGAAUCGGUGGUGCGAUCGAUGCGAUUUAUGUGGACGACGACGACGACGACGAGUUGCAGACGGGCGACGACGAGGUUUUCGAGCGCGACGACAACGACAAAGGCGGCAAUGUCGGACUUCCGAUGACGGUUCCGACCGUAACUCAGCAGGAACCGACGAUUCCGACCGUCACUCUCCAGGGACCGACGAUUCCGACCGUCACUCUGCAGGGACUGACGAUUCCGACCGUCACUCUCCAGGAACCGGCGAUUCCGAUCGUCACUCUGCAGGGACCGACGAUUCCGACCUUCACUCUGCAGGAACCGACCAGUCCGCCCGCAGAGUCGGCACCGGAUGACGUGGCCGAAGCGGAAGCGCUGGUCCAAGCAGCCGUCAAGAUACAGGCCAGGGUCCGCGGUUUUGCGACCAGAAAACGCUUGAACGAGGAAAAGAACGACGGCGGCGCCGACAAGCAACAAUAAACGUGUCUCAAUAAUAAUAAUGAUUUAUUAACAAACAUAUAUAAUAAUAAUUUAUACACUCCUCAUCGAUUCCUGAAAAAACUCAACAGUUUUUGAUCCUUUCUUGCUCUCUCUCUCUCUCCUCUCUCUGUCUCUCUAUAAUAUCAUUAUAAUACUUCAUCAACUAUUUACAAUGUGUGUACCCUUUAUCUUUAUCCGUCGGACGCGUUGUCACUGUUGAUUUAACGUCAGUCUUAUAUUAUUCUAAAAAUAUUUAAUCGAUAGUUUUUUGAGCAAACGGGCGACAGACAACAAGAAUUCAAGAAUUAUUACGCGUACGAAUUAUUACAGUAUGUACUCUGUAUACGGUGUAAUUUCACAAUUACUCGUACAAAACAAUAAUAAUAUUAUGUAGGAAAAACAAGUAAAAAUAACGCUUUUUAAAAAAAAUUGGGCGCGCGUAGGUUUUAGAAUCGGAAAAGUCCCAUCUUUGUUUUUCGCUAUUUUCUAGACACACUCAAAACCGAACAAUAAUAAUAAUAUUAAACAAGGCAAUUUGAUUGCAUCUUAUUUUUGUCUUUCCAAAACCAUGCGUUCGCGUAGUUGAGUUAAAUACACGCAAUAUACUGAUAACUUACACGAUAUAAUGUUCAAUUUUUAUGUUUCUAUAGUUAAAACGAUGGUUUAUUGGUUCGAGAAUCGGGUGUAACCGAUUACAACACCAACUACAAUAUUAUUAUAAUUAUGUCGUCUGUCGCCCGAGAUUCAAUUUUUAAGAAUAUUUUAAUGUUUCGAUGUACUCUAUUCAUUAAGUUUAUAUUAUAUUUACUUGUUGUCCGAGCAACAAAUUAAUUAAUUAAGUAGUGUUUAAAGUGAACUUUAAUUCGAUGUCUCGUUACUCUUUAUGUAUCAAUGAUUCGAUUACAAAUUAAAGUUAAGACAAAUAUUGAACGAUUCGGUAAAGAUACGAUAACUUGUAUAUCUAUCCAUCAUCCAUAUUUAUGUUCAAUUAGAUAAGACAAUUGUGUGUGGUUUAAAAAACAUAGAACAGUACAAUAUUUACAUAAAUUAUAAUACUUAUCAAGUCUCGAUGCUUAAUUAAUUAAUGUUUGUAGAAUAAUAAUUAGUCUGGCUACUUUAUCAAUCGUUUACUUUAAGUUUAUAUUCGUAUUUAAACAUUAUAGUACCUAUCUGAUUAAUAUUAUACUAUCACUUUACAUUAUUGUUUUUAAGAAUUAUCUAAAUGUUAUAAAAAUAUAUUCCAUAGAUAUUAUUCAA